AUGGAUAACGAACAGAUGAAGAGUCAGAGGAAGAAGGAGUUGGAGGAUAUGAAGAAGAGGAUUGCAUUGUUGAAGGAACAGAAGAGUGCAUUGGCCGAACAGAAAAAGACGACUCCAACUGGUACUACAAGUCCACCAACUGCAACUGCCACCUCAUCAUCUCCACCAAUGCCAUCUAGCAGCAACAACAACAACAACAUGGACUUUGACUCGUUGAUGAACUCCAUUCAUCAGAUCGUCCCAUCUGCGCCACCACCUACCCUCAACGACGACUCUGCCAAGCAUGAUAAUCAAGCCGCACCAGUCAAGUCAUACAAGCCUGUGCUCACCAUCCAGAGCUUGGUAAUUGACAUUGAUAUCCCACCAAAGGAGAUACCAAUGUACUCAAAGGGAACACAGACUCUUGAGCCUGAGCCUCUUAGCGAGGAGGAUGCUGCCAAGCUAGCACUCAAUACACCAACCAAGGCAAAGUUGAAGUAUCAACCAACAUUCCUCCAGCAACAGCAGCAACAGCAACAGUUGUCAUCCUCCAAUCAAGGAACAGAUACUCCCAUUGAACCUGUCGAGCAGCCAGACUUCAAUGAGCCACAGAUCGAGGAGCUUAGCGAGCAUGAUAAGAACAACAUCUUGGAGUCAGACUCAUUCAGAUCAUUCUUCUCAAGGUCAUCCAAGGUCAUUGAGAGAGCACUCUACUUGGAUGAUUCAAUUGAUAUUCUGGUUGACUACACCAAGUCUGAUGAAGUAACCAAGUCAUCGACAAAGGAAUUGACACUUGUUGGCACAUUGGCUGAUGAGAGAUGGACCAAGCAUAGAUCAGUCACCGACAUCAAUUGGUCACCAAAGCACCCAGAACUUGUUGUAACAUCAUACUCUUCGAAUGAAGCUGGCUCACACGAUCCCGAUGGAGUUGUACUGGUUUGGUCAGUUAACAACUACUUCCAGAAGCCAGAGUAUACAUUUAAUUGUCAGUCCCCUGUGAUGACAACAUUCUUCUCAAGAUUCCAUCAUACAUUGAUCGUUGGAGGAACUUAUUCAGGUCAGAUCGUGGUAUGGGAUACACGUUCAAAGUCGACACCAGUGCAGAGAACUCCAUUGUCAUCAAUCGGACACACUCAUCCAGUGUACAGCAUGUCGGUGGUGGGAUCGGCCAACGCAAACAGCUUGGUCUCCAUAUCGACCGAUGGCAAGCUAUGCAGCUGGAGUCUUGAGAACUUGUCACAGCCCAUCGAAACACUGGACUUGAACUCGCGCAACAACACCAACAUCUCGACUACGGCCUCGAUCGCCGUCACGUCGCUGGUGUUCCCCGAGAGCGAGAUGAACUCAUUCUACGUCGGCACAGAGGAGGGCGUCAUCUAUCAGGCGCAGCGUCAUGGCGCCAAGGCCGGCGUCAACGAGCGAUUCAAGGGACACUAUGGCCCCAUCACCUCUGUCGACUUCCAUCCCUCGCGCGGCAGCACAGACUUCUCCAACCUGUUCCUGUCCUCAUCCACCGACUGGACUUGCAAGUUGUGGUCGACCAACAAGACAGAGACACCAAUCUAUUCAUUCGAGGACUACGUCGAGUAUGUGUACGAUGCACGAUGGUCGCCUACGGCACCAUCGAUCUUUGCUACGGGUGACGGAAGUGGACAGCUGUCUCUGUGGGAUCUCAACGAGGAGACAGAGGCGCCCAUCUUCCGCAUCAAGCCCUCGUCACGCUCGCUCAACAGGAUCUCUUGGUCUGCUGAUGGCAAGCGUCUGUUGGCUGGUGACAGCGCCGGUUCGUUGUAUCUCUACGACUCUAGCCAGUUCGCCUCGCCACAGCCCGAUGAUUGGAACCGUUUCGGCGAUGUUGUAAAUAAGCUCACGUCCAAGCCACUCAGUCUGCAACAAGACUCGCCAACCUUGGGCCACGCCGACCACGAAUAG